GAAUUGAAUUUAGUUUUGAUUUUUUGAAUUGAGAUCUAAUUAAAAGCAAAAUCUAAACCAUGGCUUCCAAUCGAGACAAGGCUACCGACCAGUUAAAGGACUUCAAAGCGAGUCAGCCAGCUAAACCUGUCCAAGUCACAACCCAAUUCGGGAUCCCAGUCGGGGACAAACAAAAUGCCCUAACCGUCGGCCCCCGGGGACCCAUACUCCUAAAGGACAACCACCUCAUCGAAGAACUUUCCCGAUUCGAUAGGGAACGCAUACCGGAGCGGGUGGUGCACGCCAAGGGUGCCGGUGCUUUCGGGUACUUCCAGGUCACCAAACCGGACAUCACCCGGUACACCAAGGCCAAGGUGUUCGACACGGUGGGCAAAAAGUCGCCGGUAGCCGUCCGAUUUAGCACCGUAUGGGGCAAUACAGGGUCGGGCGAUACCCAUCGGGACCCGCGCGGGUUCGCCGUCAAGGUGUACACCGAGGAGGGUGUGUGGGAUUUGGCGGGAAAUAAUACCCCGAUCUUCUUCAUCCGGGAUCCCAUGCUAUUCCCGUCGUUCAUACACAGCCAGAAGCGCAACCCCCAGACCAACCUGAAGGACCCGGACAUGUUGUGGGACAUGCUGUCCCUGAGGCCUGAGUGCACCCACCAAACGGUGUUCCACUUUUCCGAUAGGGGUAUCCCCGAUGGCUAUAGGCAUAUGAAUGGGUACGCGGAUGACCCUGAUUACUCUAUACGUGACUUGUUUAACGCCAUCGCAAACAAGCGCUUCCCCUCGUGGACACUACACGUCCAGAUCAUGACCUACGACCAGGCCAGGGAGUUCAAGUUCAAUCCCUUUGACCUGACCAAGGUGUGGCCGCAUAAGGACUUCCCGCUGAUAGAGGUGGGAAAGUUGGUGUUGGACCGCAACCCCAGUAACUACUUCGCGGAAGUGGAACAACUGGCCUUUGAUGUCAACAAUUUGGUCCCCGGUAUUGAUGUGUCACCUGAUAAAAUGCUCCAGGCCAGACUGUUUGCAUAUGCCGAUACACAUAAGCACCGUUUAGGUGCAAACUACCAACAAAUACCGGUGAACCGGGCGAAGUGCCCGCUAUACCACCCGACCCAACGGGACGGACCCAUGCGUUACGAUGACAAUCAGGGCAGUGCCCCGAACUACUGGCCCAACAGCUUCCACAACAUCAAGGAUGACCACCAGUACAAAGAGCACGGAGAGCGCCACCUCGUGGGCGACAUCGACCGACACGACUCGUCCAAUGAGGACAACUACGAACAGUCGACCGACUUCUGGAACAAAGUCCUGACCCCCGAUGAGAGGCAACGACUGGUCGAGAAUAUAGCUGAAAGCCUGGCGGAGACCCUACCCUUCAUUCAGGAGCGAGCUAUAGGCAACUUCGAGAGAGUGCACCCGGACUUAGGCGCCCGCAUUCGCUUAGCCCUCAACAAAGUGCAGAGCGCAAACCUGUAGGUUUACGACACAUUUUUAUGGGAC